UUGGUAAUGUCGUGAGAGAUGUAAGAUGGCGGCCGAUGAAGUAAACUUACGAAACUGUCCUCCGUUAAAAUACAUUUGUGCAUUUGUCGGGUAUUGAAUAUCGUCGAUUGAUAGCUCGUAUUAAUGUCUAUGUGAUAUCGGUGUGGAAUCGUUCGAAAGUGAAGCGUGUCUUUCGUAAGGUCGCGGCAGAAACUUUUUCUCAAGUCACGGGUUUACGAUGUCAGUAACUGCUUCGAAGCCAUGCCACGAGGAAGAGAAUUCGAGAUUGACAGAGGAAGACGAUUGGAAAGUGCAGCUUGCAUUUUGCAAACCUCGGCACACGGCGACGAUCGAGGGUGUGAAUUGUAUUACGCAGACAUGGAGAAUGAAAGAAAGGAUGAAAACUGUGAGCGUGGCUUUAGUUUUAUGUUUGAACGUUGGUGUCGAUCCACCGGACAUUGUCAAAACACAACCGUGUGCCCGUCUCGAAUGCUGGAUUGAUCCUUUAUCAGUGAGCCCGCAAAAAGCUUUGGAAACUAUAGGUUCGAAUUUACAAAAACAAUAUGAACGAUGGCAACCGAGAGCUCGUUAUAAACAGAGUUUAGAUCCUACGGUUGAAGAAGUUAAAAAGUUGUGUACUUCUUUAAGGCGAAACGCGAAAGAGGAAAGAGUUUUGUUUCAUUAUAACGGGCAUGGUGUUCCUAAACCGACUAGUAAUGGUGAAAUAUGGGUAUUUAAUAGGACAUAUACGCAAUACAUUCCUUUGUCUGUAUACGAUUUACAGACAUGGAUGGGUGCUCCUAGCAUCUACGUAUAUGAUUGUUCUAACGCAGGUAUAAUUGUAGAGUCUUUUCAACAAUUUGCAGAACAACACGAGAAGGAAUACGAGAUGGAAAAGCAGGUGGUUCAGCAGAACCGUGCAACUGGAGUUGCAGGUACCACAGUGCCAUCUUACAAAAAUUGUAUUCAAUUGGCAGCAUGCGCGGCUAAUCAGAUUUUACCUAUGAAUCCAGAUUUACCAGCAGAUAUAUUCACAUCAUGCCUUACGACUCCAAUAAAAAUUGCAUUGCGAUGGUUUAUAAUGCAAAAUACAUCGAAAUUGGUACCAAAAAUAUCAUUAGACUUGAUCGAUAAAAUUCCUGGGCAAUUGGCUGAUAGAAGAACAAUGUUAGGAGAACUUAAUUGGAUAUUUACAGCGAUCACUGACACUAUAGCAUGGAACACGUUUCCAAGAGAUUUAUUCCAGAGAUUAUUCAGGCAAGAUUUAUUAGUUGCUAGUUUGUUCAGAAAUUUUUUACUUGCCGAGAGAAUACUUCGGUCAUACGAUUGUACUCCAGUUUCUUGUCCAAAAUUACCUCCUACUUAUCAGCACCCUAUGUGGCAAGCAUGGGACUUGGCACUUGAUCUCUGUUUAGCGCAAUUACCAUCUAUUCUUGAAAAUAAAGAUCAGUUUGUCCAUUCCCCUUUUUUCGAGGAGCAGCUUACAGCCUUCCAAGUAUGGCUUACUCUAGGUUCGAAAAACCGUAAUCCUCCAGAACAACUGCCGAUAGUACUUCAAGUUUUAUUAAGUCAAGUCCAUAGGCUAAGAGCAUUGGAAUUAUUAGGACGCUUUCUUGAUCUUGGUCCAUGGGCUGUAAACUUGGCUCUUAGCGUAGGCAUUUUCCCAUAUGUUCUAAAGCUACUUCAAAGUAAUGCUAGGGAAUUACGUCCAUUACUCGUGUUUAUUUGGGCAAAAAUACUUGCAGUUGACAGUACUUGUCAAACAGAUCUCGUGCGAGAUGGAGGACAUAAGUACUUUUUAUCUGUUCUUCAGGAUACUACUGUGCCGAGCGAAUACAGGACGUUAGCAGCAUUUGUUCUGGCCAGUAUCGUGAAUGAUUAUCGACAAGGCCAAGUAGCUGCUAAUCACGGUAGCCUUGUCUCGAUCUGCUUGGAACAACUUGGGGAUUCAAACUCUUUAUUACGUCAGUGGCUGUGUUUAUGUCUGGCAAGACUUUGGCAUAAUUAUGACAAAGCAAGAUGGUGUGGAGUUCGAGAUAUUGCUCAUGAGAAGCUGUUUACGUUGUUACAGGAUUCAGUUCCUGAGGUUCGAGCAGCUAGUGUUUAUGCUUUGGGCACAUUUAUAAAUAGCGUAACAACACGAAGCGAACAUGCAAAUAAUAUCGAUCAAAUUAUUGCUAUAACACUCAUUAAUACAGUCUCUCACGACAUGUGCCCUUUAGUUAGAAAAGAAUUAGUAGUAGCGCUUCAAUGGAUGGUUCUACACUUUGAAAAUUCCUUCGUAACUUUGGCUUUGGCUGAAGAAAACAGUCGAAAAGAUCUUGUUGUGGAAACGUUAUCACCAUUUAGUGGAUUAAGACGCAUUAGUUCUAGGGAUAGAUUAAAAAUGCUUUCUCCUAAUAAUACCUAUAGCGUAGACAGUACGGAUGGAUUUGGCCAGGAUCGCAUUAAAAGAGUGUCGUCGUCGUCGUCUAUUAGUAGUUUAGGAAAUAAUUGGGAGUUCGUGAGGAAACCUUGCGAGUCACUUGGACACAGUUCUCUUGGGAACCUGCCAAGUCUUUCCUAUGGUAGUGUAUAUAUGAAACUGUGGCAUGGAUUAUGUAGCCUCGAUAAUGAUCCUCAUCCAGCUGUCGCUUCGAUGUCCCAGAAAGUCACCAACCAUAUUCGAAAUCAGGUUAAGGAAUCCUCUGUACCUAAGGAAGGGAUCGAAACAAAAAUAUCUUCGUCGUUAUCUCUUCCACCAUCUCCCUCGAAUCGCACCACUUACUUAAGCACUAGCAAAGGAGAAUCACCACCUACAGUAAGUUCUGGAACAGAUUUAUUACGUUCUUCGAGAGUACCACCGCAUAGUAAUCGUUCAAGAAAACCACUUCCUAACACAAUAUCAGAGGAAGCAGAUGAAGUUGCUGGAAUUAAAACGCCAUUAACAACUUCGCAAUUCGUUGAAUGGAGUUGCGCUCAAUUUGCUCAGCCAGUUAGUUUAGAAAGCGAAACUGAAUCGAUGAAUGAUAUGGAAAGUAGAGCUCAUUACGAAAGAGAAUGGCGUUACCUAAGGAAUAGAAGACAGAGACGCGAGGCAAGAGAAGAACAACUACGAGCAGUACAAAGUAGAAUAGAAUCGCAAGUAUUCCAUACAAGAUGUCCACAUUCCCCUGAAGUUUUAACAUUUCAUCCGUUUGAACCACAUUUGGCUGUAGCAUUAAAAGAUUUCUUUGGAGUAUGGGAUUGCCAAACUGGUACAAAGUUAACUUACUGUGCGAGUCGUGGAAAUAAAAUGUCACGAAUUACAGCUCUCGAGUUCAUCAAUGCCCACGAUGUAUCAUUGUUAAUGGCUGGAUCCGAUGACGGUUCGGUUAGAGUAUGGAAAAAUUACAGUAGUACGCUGAGUCGUGAUCCGAUUUUAGUUACCGCUUGGCAGGCAUUGGCUGAUAUACAGCCGGCGACAAAAACUACGACUGCAACAGCUGGAUUAGUUACAAAAUGGGAGCAAAAGUCCCUUACUCUAGCUGUCACAGGUGACGUUCGUAUCGUCAGACUCUGGGAUGCAGAAACCGAGUUAAAAAGACAAGAUAUACCGACAGGUGCUGAUUGUUGUGCUACAUGUAUUGAUGUUGAUGGCGUAGGUGCAAUGAUGGCAGUGGGCUGUGGUGAUGGUUCCGUUCGCUUAUUUGACAGAAGAUUACCUCCAUUAGAGUCGAGAGUUAUGAUUUGGAGGGAACAUACGGCAUGGGUGUUGGGCACAUCUUUGAGAAAAUCUGAAAGGUCGACACCACAGUUGUUUACUGGAUCAUCGUCAGGAGAUAUUAGAAUAUUUGAUCUCAGAAAAAAUUCUUCUGUAAGCACUGUACAAAUAACGCAAGGUAUUACAGCAUUGGCAGCACACGAAAUGGCUGAUAUAUUUGCUUGUGGGUCAACGAAUCAUUGUAUAAGUUUGUAUAAUACAAUGGGUCAUCAUUUGAAUACGAUAAAAUUCCACGAAGGAUUUAUGGCUACUCGUAUUAGUCCUGUAAGUUGUCUAAGUUUUCAUCCCCAUCGUGUGAUCCUCGCAGCUGGAUGCGUAGACAAUACUAUUACAGCAUAUGCAUCCGAAUCGCGAAGAUGACUAAUAGAAAUGGAAUUACUGUAAAAUUAUUUUCGUAAAUAUUUACUCAUCCAUCGUGCUUGAUAUCCUUGGCAUAUUAGUCAAUAAGGAAACUGCCAAGGACGAGACGUUGGAGUUGGUUUCAAAAUUGAAAAGUGAAUUCUUAUUUUUCAAUAUUUCGUGUUUUUCUACUGCGUUUUCGCUUCCUUUUAGAAAGGUUACUUUCUGGCGCUUAGUUCGCGUAAAGAAAUUAAUUGUAGUUUCUGUGAUGAAGAAACCUGUGAAUAGAGUAACCAAAGUCUCUCGAGACGACCAAAGAAAAGCUCGAUAACGUACAGCCUUGUGCAUACAGGGCCAAUGUAAUUCAUUUUAGAACGCAGUGGAGAUUUUGGUAUUCUUAAAAAUAAUGAUGCAUAAUAUAUGCAAAUGUGAUGCAACGAAAAAUAUACGAAUGUACGUACGAAUGCGUUUAAUAUUUAAUGAAGCUUGUAACAUAUGCAAGGAAGAUGACUGUGCCAUGCUAAAUUGGUAUUAAUUAUAUUUAUGGACGAUUCACGUAAUUUUUUGUCUUAUUCUCGACGACAAAAAGUUCAAUUUCUUUACGUAUUAAUCGAUGUUCUUUUUGAUCGAUCCUUAAUUUUUCCAAUACACGCACUUGAAUUCAGAGUUUAACAAUUUCUAUAAGUAUUCUUUUAUGCCACGAUCAAUGCUAUAUAAUUAAAUUAGGAAAACAAGUGUAAAGAUCCUUAAUUUUUCCAAUAUAUGAACUUGAAUUCAAACAGAGUUUAACAAUUUCUACAAAUAUUCUUUUAUGCCACGAUCAAUGCUAUAUAAUUAAAUUGGAAAAACAAGUGUAAGAACAAUAUGUUCAAAUAAUUUAACUAUGUUAUUUUAGUUUACGACUUAGUGCAAUAAAUCAUGACAGAUUAAUGGCAGUAAAAUGUGUUUAAAUAAAUAACUCUCGAGAUGGCAACUGCAGUAAAGACUUUCUGUAUUAUCAACCAAUUUGUCUUGUAAACAGUUUUACGUAUUUUACGCCGUUACUUUUAAUUUCGUUAUCAUUUAAUUUUUCGUUGCAAUUUUAGAAUAAUUUUUGUAAAUGUUAAAUGUCGUAUAUUUUUACCCGUGGCGGUAUCUUUUUAUUAAACGGUAUCAAUGUUAUUUCUAAGUGACAGUACUUUAUACAUUGUUUUUUUCACAAAUCGUGGGAACACUUGUAUCAUAUUAAAACGCAGAAGCUUGAUAGAAAAUACCUUUUUAGUGACGAUUGAUUCAAACGAAUAUUAAAAUGAUGUGCGCAAUUUGUAUUCAACCAAAUAGUUGAAUACAGUCGUUCUGUCUUAAUCGGAAAGGUGUUUUACGAAAUAAUACUUAUACACUUUCAUGUGUGUAUGUGCGUUGAAUGGUUUAUUGAAUUAUUGCUAUUGCAAUUGUUGCGAAACAAAAUGAAAUCAGGCUUCUUAUAUACACCGAUAACACUGAUAUAAACUACACCGCAUAAGCAAUUAAUUAAUAACAAAAUUAAGUAACUGAUUGAAAAAGAAAAUGUAAAUAUAUAUAUGCAUAUAGAAUAUCGAGUGUAACGUUAAAGAAACCAUUAUGCACAGAUAAAUUUAUCUUCUCAUAUUAUGCAAUAGUUUUGUUAUUGACGCUGACGUUUGGAGACGCGAUAAAAUAUGUAGAUUACCGUAAUACUUAGAUCAGAUAAAACAAAAAUUCCUCGAUGCAGAUGUGUGUAUAAGAUGAUUAAAAAGAUGAGUUUAACGAUAUUAAGAUAUAAAUAAAGAAUUCAAUAACUUAAGAUUGUAUCGUAAGUACGAUGUUUAUUUGAACGCUUAAACAAAGAAUUUUUGCUCAUUCAUGUAGAAUUUUACAUGUAACUUCGGCAGUGUCUUCUAAAAAUUCAAUUUAUAGAGUAUUAUGCUUUUACUCUUCUGAUAUAUUGUUUUAGUUUCAUAGUGGACUUUUGGACACCUUGUAUGUACGGUUUGAUGCUAAUUUUAAUAGACGCGUCGAAUGUACUUAAACGGUAAGAUCAGCAUUAAUUGUAAAAACAUAAAUGCCUAUAAUCAUUUCUGUAUAUAUUAUGUACAACAGUAUCGUCAGUGCUGUUGUUAACGAUAUCUAUUACAAACGUCGAGUGUUAGAAAACAAUUUGAGAGGGGCAAAUUCGAUGUAUUAUUUUGCACUGUACUCGUUAUUGUAUAUGAUCGUCUGAUAAUAAAUAUGAUACAACCAUGUUAUUCGAGCGCGGA